AUGGACCAUACUCUCUCUUUUCUUUCCUCUCUCCCAGCAGAACACGUUAUGCAUCCUCUCCCUCCCCCAAAACAACAAAAAAAGAUAUGUCACGUUUACACACAUAAAUAUUCAGUGCACAGUACUCCUCUCCACUCUCAUUCUUCUUGGUUAGGUUUGUACCCGAUCGACACCCUAUCAUCAACGGUCGUCCGCACCUCCACCAUUCCUUUCUUCUUUUUCUUUUUUCUUCCUUUUUUAAUCAAGCGCACACUCUUUUUUCUUCUUACUAUAAUUUCUUCUUGGCCAACCAAAUAUCUAUUCGUUCUUCGUAUUUCGUUCAUUAUUUUUCUCUUCUUUCUUUCAUUUUCUUUCUUCUCUUUCUUUAUCUUCCUUCACAGUUUUCUUUCAUUUUUUGCUCUCAUCGUUAUUUCUUUUACAUUUUUUUUAACUUUUCAUAUAUUCCUUCCUUCUUUUUUUCUUUCUUUUUCUCAUUUUUUUUUUUUUAAUUAUUCGCCAUCUGAUCUCUUUCUUUCUGUCUUUUACUUAAUUUCAUUUAAUUCUGCACCACUUCGUAUUUCUUUCUUCAACCUUCCUUUUUUUUUCAUUUUCUUUCUUUCCUCUUCUCUCUAUCUCUUUAUUACAUUCACUGCACUCCCAGUCUUCGUUUCUAACAUAUGUUUCCUUUCUUUUCCAUCUACUUCUUCUUCUUCCUUUAUUAUCUAUCUCUCUUUCUCUUUCUUCUUUUCCUCUCUGCCUCUCUCCUUCCUCCUUUCAACUCUCCUCAAACCAAUCUAUUAUCCAUCUAUCUAUCUAUCUAUCUAUCUAUCUUUUACUUAUUAUCUAUUUAUCUAUCUAUUAUCUAUCUCUGUCUGUCUGUCAGUCUACUUAUCUAUCUCUCUGUCAGUCUACUUAUUAUCUAUUUAUCUGUCAAUCGAUUUAUUAUCUAUCUAUCUAUAUAUCUGUCUAUCUGUCGGUCAGUCUAUUUAUUAUACCUCUAUCUACUUAUCUACCUUCGACUUACAUAACUAUCUAUCUAUCAGUCAACUUUAUCUAUCUAUCUAUCUAUAG